AUGGCGCCCCUCCUGGAUUUACCGGCGGAAUGCAAGCUCUCGAUUUUCUACUUUCUUCCCGUCACAGAUGUCGCCAGAUCUCGCCGUGUCUGUCGAAACUUCGACCAGCUCAUACAGAAUCCUCAAAAUCGCAACAUCAUUCUCAAGGAGCGCGAGAUGCAGGAAUUAGCAGACUUCAAAUCCACCGUUCAACGAAUCUGCUAUUUCGACGUCUCAGCUACGCCUUCUGCUUUCGUCAACGCGCUGCAGGUCUUCUUCAGCCAUCGUGGCAUUUCUGAUUCGUUGAUGCGAAAGCACGAUUCCGAAGAUUUCGUCAACUUAUGGGUUCGGCAGCAGGGCACCCAGCACACUCACGAACACGAGCUGUGCGCGAUUGUGGUUCAUAUCCUCUGGGCCUUUGUGGAAUGCCAUGUUCCAUCACUCUACAAGCCAGAGCUCCACCACUUCGACAAAUGCAACAUGCGGCCUCGUUUCCCGAUUCCUGAAGCCGGACUCCAGAGCAUUGCUCAGUGGGACAAGAUCAAGGAGCGGAUAACCUACCCCAUCCAUGGCUUGUGGGAUGUCAAGGUGGCUCGACAACCGAGUUGCCCACAGCUCACUGAUCAAAACGAGUACCCUCAUUACCGCAAAGGCUGGGGCUCUGCCAUGGGAAUUGGAGCAUUGGGCAGAUUAUUGGACGUUAAGCUGCCAAUGCCAAUCUUUGCGGAUGGCUGCUGCUGGUACAAGCUGAAAAGCGAGCGGUUGUUCCAAGAGGUGUUGAGCGCCAUGGAGAAGCAGUGCCGCUUAGAACCCUUACUCAGAGCCGCGAUCAUCGAAGAUCUGUACAUCUGGUGA